UUCCUUUCCUUUCUUGAACCACCAAUGGCGGGUGCGCACUGCGCCACCUCCCUUGUCAUCGCACACCCAAUCCACUCCACCGCCAAACCAGUCAAACCAAUCCUCUCAGCCUCCGUUUCCGUACCGUCAAAACCCACCCGACGGAGAAACCAUUUACGCCCCAAAAUCCUCAAAACCCUAACUCGACCCCACCCGCCACCCAAAACCCCUCUCCUUCCCGAACUGCCCCCGACGGAACCUGUAAUUCCCACUGAGUCCCCGGUAACUCCUUCCGAGAACGACUCCAACACCGAACUUAGCUCUGACCGAAGCGACGUCGUUGCCGCAGAAGGCGAUAAAGUUGAAGAACUGAGCGUGUCUGUGGCGACCCCGGAGCAAAAUGGCAUUGUUGGUAAAUUUUCUGCCAAGUCCGUCCUUAAAUUUGGGGCGUAUUUGUUUGGGGCUUAUUUGUUUCAGGCUUUUUUUACCGUUUGGUUGCUGGGAAAUGAUAAUCCUGAUCAGGAAACUGGGAAGUCGAAAACUUUAAGCAAAUCGAAAGGGAAGGCUUUGUAUUCGAAUGUUGAGUCUGAAUUGGGCAAUGUGAUUUAUUUGGACGAGAUACAAUUGGACGAGAGGAUAGAGGAAAUUAGAGCAAUGGCGAGGGAAGCACGAAAGUCGGAGAAAAGGGAGUUGAAGAAGGGAAGUAUUGGUGAUGAAGAUGAUGUUUCUGAUGCAAGGAAUAGAAUAGGUAUCGAAAAAGAGGUCGGAGAGCGGUUGGUUAGGUUGCAGAGGAGUUUGAAUUCUAAAAGGGAGAAGUUGCAGGGUCCAUAUGUGAGUCAUAUGGAAAAGAAUGAGAAUGUAGAAGCUGGGAAUUCUAAAGAGGAGGAUGGGACAUUGCUGUUUAAGAAAAAGGUCAAGUUUAAGGCCGAGGCGAAAAGCAAUCCCAAGGGGUUUGGGGGUUUGGAUGAGCAUGGUGAAUCUAGGAGGAUAAAGAGAGAUCCGGGCGGUGUAGAUACAGUGGCGGGAGAUGCAAGUGUUGGUAGUGAUGGUAAAGAAUUGUUGGAUUCGGAUAAUGAUGAAAACCGGCAAAAGAGUGAUAUUGGACAAGGUGUUUCCAAGACCGUAGAGGACGAACCCAAGUUGUUGCAAAAUGACGGGAAACAUUUGGAGAAAGGAACUCGGAGUAUGGAUAGCGGAAAGGACAUAGGAGCUGGAACUUUUGAGCCACAAAAUGGUACCGUCCAGAAGACAAGACGAGGAAAGUCCUCUGAAGGGGUAAAGUCAAGAAAAUCAAGGGCGUUGGGGAAGAAAAAAUCUCCCUCAAAGAAAGAAAUUCAGGAACCUACCAUAAAAUCUGGUGAUAAUGCUGCAUUGAGUGUAAAUAGCAGUUCAAAAAACAAAGAAGCUGAAAAGGAACCAGUGGCUAACAAAGUCAGUGGCAAUCGAUCAAAGAAUGAUAUUGAUCCGUGGUGGUUGGAUCUUGCUUAUGUUCUGGUUAUUAUGAUCCGUAGAGGUUCUGGUAGUGAGGGGCAAGGCGGACUCUAUACCUUAAAGCUCAGUUCUCAGCACCAAAGCAAGAGUGAUUUUUCCUAUACUGUCGCUUUCGAACACCGCACUGAUGCCAAUAACUUCUGUAUACUGUUGGAAACUUUUUUCGAAGAUCUGGGUGAUUUCAGGGCUGAUAUUGUUCCUUUACCAAACAAAGAACUUCGCAAAGCCAUAAAGUCAGAUAACAUGAAGCUGAUUUUUGUGAAGAGAGGGCAGCUUCAGCUGUAUGCCGGGCAACCUUUUGAAGAAGUUGAGACAGCGUUGCGCUCUCUGGUUGAACAAGAGUGAAGUGCUUAGACUUUUUUCCUCUUUCAGAGUUCUUCUGCCAAUCAGGAUUGCUUUUGGUUUCAGAGUUCUGUCACAUUCCUGAUAUUACGAUGGCUUGGGUCUGCUGAUCUCAAGUGAAGGUCUCCUCGUGGUUUUGGUAACGUGCAAGGGAAGCGUUGAAUGACCCCGUUGUAGGAAAAUAUAGUGAAAGGCAGUUAUAGAGAUUUUCGUAUUUCUGUCUUAUGAUAUUUCUCUUCUUUCAAAUGAAUAGGAAAUAGUUCAAAUGUAGGAAUCCAUGUAUUUGUUCGUACUGAGAGACAAUAUAUUGUGGGAAUAGAGCUUAAAUGAUUUCGAUUUUUGGUGAAA